CUGUAUUUAUUUUCAGUGGCUGAUUAUUCAGGUCUGUUAUCAAAAUGGCGGCAAUCGCAGCGACGAAUCCUUCGCAGCUUUUACCUCUCGAGCUGGUGGAUAAAUGCAUUGGCUCACGGAUUCACAUCGUCAUGAAGAACGAUAAAGAGAUUGUGGGAACUCUGCUCGGGUUUGAUGACUUUGUCAACAUGGUUUUGGAGGAUGUGACAGAAUUUGAAAUCACUCCAGAAGGCAGAAGAAUCACAAAGCUGGAUCAGAUUCUACUCAAUGGCAAUAACAUCACAAUGUUGAUUCCAGGAGGAGAAGGACCGGAAGUUUGAGAAAUAUGUAGCACCUUCCACAAAAUUUCUGUUCUUGUUUCAUGUAAGAGACCAGAGAAUUGAUCCCUUAUUGUUUAAGUAUUCAUUUUUAUUUAAUGAGGGAAGUUUUUCCACAUUAAUUCUGUUCUUUAAGUGAUCAAAAAAGUUUUUGUAAACAUUUGUUGCUUGUUACAAUAAAACAAAUUAAAUGAA